CCACAGGCCGGAUUCGACUGAGCCUUUGCCAUAUAUGGGCGCCCGCUCUACCAACCGAGCUAACCAGGCGCCCACAAGCAUCAUUUCUGAGAACUGAGGAAACGCUAACUCUGGUCAAGAGAGCUUUUCCACAGAGGUGAAAACCACAACACAUGAAGAACGGAAGUGCAGCAUGAGAAGGUCUCUAACAUCAAUAUCAAUUCAGAGAGAAAGGAGAGAGACACUGAAGAGGGGGAGGAUGCAAAGUUGUACGUCAGUUAUUCAUUUAAAAGGACCGCUCACUGAGAAACAUCCUCCAGCCGUCCAAACGAGGCCUUUCAGGACUGCUGCUCUCUGUCUAGGAGUGCUGUGCUUUCUGAUGAUAAUAGGAAUCAUCUUCUUAUCCGUACAGUGUAAGAUAAAAUACAACACCCAACAACUACUGAGCACAAAGUACAGAACCAAUAGUGUACUGAAAUGGUCUCAUCUUCACGCUUCAAAGGCACUCGAUUCAACUGUUAAUUAUAUUUCUGUCACUUUGGGAAAAGACGAGCUCCAGGAGAAAAUUUCAGGGAAGAGUUGUCCGGAAGGAUGGAAGAAAUUUGGAUGCAGUUGUUACUUUACAUCUAAUGAGUGGACAAAUUGGGGUAGCAGCAGAGAGUACUGUCAGAAGAGAGGAGCAAAUCUGGUGGUCAUAAACAACAAAGAGGAACAGGAGUUUGUCAUUCAGCUGAAUAUAAAUGGAGAGUCUUGGAUUGGUCUACGGGAAAUAAAGGAAAAUUGGAUGCAAGGAAGAUGGCAAUGGGUGGACGGAUCACCGCUGUCAGAAACGUGAGACAAUUUAAAGUUGUUUUGCUUCAAACAUCAUUAAAAUAAGUAUGAAAAAGUAGAAUAAAAACAAAAUAACCUUUUUUAUUGUAUUUUAUCGAUGUCUGUUGUUUUAAUGGACUUCAGAAAUUGAAUCAGAUGAAAGAACCUUGAUGUUUGAAGUUGGUUGAUGAACCAGCACUAUAUUACCAUACUACUGUAUUCACUAUACUGUAAUAC